GUUUUGUUAAUUUUGAAGAAAUGGAUCGUAUGGUCGCUGAUCGAAGUGACGGAAUUGAUUUAGCUUUUGAACGAGCAAAAGCAUGGACCAAAUAUUGCAAAGAUUUGCUAAAUCACGUAUCACGUCGAAUGCAACUUGAUUUAGAACACGCAAAACGUGUCCAAAAUCUUGCCAAUCAAUCAAAAACUGCUAUUAGUGAGCAUUAUUUACCAUUAAAAGAUGUAUUCGAAAAUAGCUUCGAAAAUGACAUCACAUUUUGUGAGCAAACACAAGAAGCUGUAAAAUACAUCCAGGAUAGGUUUAUUAAGUCAUUAGAAAUGCGACGGGAUGAGCAUGAACGACAACGAAGAAGUUUAAAAAAUGAAUGGUUACGAGUAGCAAAACAAGUUAAGGAUACUCAACAAGAGUUGCAACGAGCACGGACGUUACUUGGUUCACGUGAUGAUGGUUAUCGUAAAGCACAAGAGAUAUCCAUUCGAACAGAAUCUACCGGUCCAGCUGUUGGUUCGGAACUUUUCCGACGUCGUAAAGAACUUGAAAAAAGACGAAAAAAUGAAGAAGAAGCACUAAAUAAAAGAGAUGAAGCGCAAAAUCAAGUUGAAAGACUUGAAGUGGAAUUAGAACGACGGCGACAUCAUAUGGAAGACACAAAAGUAUUAAUUUUUCUUUUAAAAAAAGGAAAAAUUAUUGCUUAA